AUGACUGAUUCUUUGAUUUGUCCUAUAACUCAACAAUUAUUCUCGGUCCCAGUUCUUGCUGAGGAUGGCUAUACAUAUGAAGAAUCUGCAAUUGUUAAGUGGAUUCAAGAAAAUCAUACAAGUCCAAUGACAAAACAAAAUUUGUCCGUUGAAGGUUUGCGUUCCAAUGGUCGUAUCAAAAGUUUAAUAGAAGAAUUUGAAAAUUCAUUACAUUCCGUUGAUUAUCGUUUUAAGUUGAAUGUUGACGUACGAAAAGAAGGUAAGGCAAUAUUUCGUGUCAACUUCAAAUCUAUAUAUCAUGCUCAAUGGAUAACACGUCGAAAUGCUCCGCCAACAAUUAUUUUGGAAAUGAAUGGUGUGCGAGCAAAACGAGAAGCAUCAUUUUGUGUACAAUUGAGCCGUCACCCACAUAUUAUACGAACAUAUGGAAUGGUUGAGCCGACACCUCAAGACUCCAUUAUGUUACUUCAAGAAUAUGCUCCAGAAGGAAGUCUUCAUGAUCUACUCGAUGAUCAACCAAGGGUUCCAGAUGAAAUGAUUUUGAUUGAAAUGUUUUCACAAAUAACAGAUGCAAUGACUUAUCUUGCAUAUAAUCGUGUGACUCAUGGAGAUCUAGCAUGUAGAAAUGUACUAGUUUUUCGUUUCAAUAAGUACAAGCCUGAAGAUAAUCUUGUUAAAUUGACUGAUUUUGGUCUUACUCGACACAGUUCUAUAUAUUUAUCAGUUAAAAAUGAAUCAGUGGUAAAUGAUUGCAUUCCAGUACGUUAUGCAUCACCGGAAUUAAUUCAAAAUCAGGAAUGUUCUGAAAAAUCAGACAUUUAUUCUAUGGGUGUAACUAUGUGGGAAGGCUUUUCAAAAGCCAAGAUUCCAUGGUCUCACAUCGAAACGGAUAGAGAAGUUUAUCAACGUGUGGCCUCGGGUGAAACAUUGCCAAAACCCAUUAUGUGCAGUGAUGAAACAUGGUCCGUGAUUUUGACCACAAUGAACAUAAAUGCACAAGAACGACCAGCAUUUUCCCAAUUAAGACGUUCACUGACGAGAUUACAAUACCAGCUCGAAAAUAUAACUAGAAGCCAUAAUGAACUAAUGAAUAAAUUUCAAAGAGUACUUCAAGUUGAGAUGGAUGAAGUUGUUGUAGGCAUAGCUGUCGAACAAACUCUUGUAAAUUUAAGUGGAUUAAACAUUCAUCAAACAGGUGCAACAUUUCGACGUAAAGACACUGAUAUUACAGUAUUUCGUUUGAGGAUGCCUAAUGAGAAUGAUUUAAACACUUUUACUCGUUACUACGGUGAACACUUUAAGAACUUGAUAAUCAAAUACGAACGAGAAUCAACAACAGAAUGGGUAAAAAUACUAAUGAACACAAAAAUCUUGUAUAAUCAUAUGGUAUCGAUUAUUUGCAACUAA